AUGCUGUCCUAUCUAGCACUACUUUUCUCGAUCUUCUCGGUGUUCAUGCGCGUUUAUGCAUCAUUCUCCUACACCAGCGUGUUUACUGAGAGGAUAGCGACGCCGAUAGCAAGCCCCCUGAUUCAACCAACUCCUUUCGGACCGGAACCCUCGAGUGCUGUAUCCAAACUGCUGCCCAACAUCACAUAUACAACCUACUCGUACCAACCUACAGCUACCACUACAGACGAUGGGACCUACGGUAAUGGGGCAUAUAAUGCUCUGUGGAGGUCUGUGAAUCUUACAUUCACCAGCGAGUCACUGCCCUUUACAACGACUGUUAGUCCUACGCCCGUCCCGUCAUCCGAACUCUACUAUCCCCCAUCGCUUGGCCUUGGCCCCCUUCGCGGCAAGCUUCCCAAUGAUUUCAUAUGGGGUUUUUCGGGUAGCGCAUGGCAAGUCGAGGGGGCGCUGUAUUCCGAAGGUCGAGGCCCUGCCUUGCCAGCCGACGGCACAGGUGCUUUGCCAAAUGUCGAGGGGCAGGACGAUGGCGUCGCGCAGACUAUGAAUUAUUUUCUUUACAAACAGGACAUUCUUCGACUAGCGGCCAUGGGAGUUCCUUACUACACAUUUUCCAUUUCGUGGAGCAGGAUUCUUCCGUUCGGAGUCUCAGGGUCGCCUGUCAACCAGCAGGGUCUCGACCAUUACAGCGACCUCAUUGACUUUUGUCUGGAAAAUGGCAUCACGCCCGUGGCAGAAUUAUGGCACUUCGAUACGCCGGCACUCGUUAAUUUUGAUGACGACGAAAUGAUGCAGCAUUUCCUUUACUAUGCACAGGUGGUCAUGACGCAUUACUCUGAUCGGAUACCUAUAUGGGUUACAUUCAAUGAACCAAAUAUUGGCUUUGAAUACCUCUUUUCAGAAUACCAGACCAUCAACCGAAUCACAAUGGCGCAUGCGCAGGUGUAUCAUUGGUACAAGGAGACCUUGAAUGGUACUGCACAAGUAACCAUCAAGUUUGCAAAUAAUAUGGCAUAUCCGCUGCACGGACCGGAGAACGCCACAGAUGUAGCUGCGGCCACUCGGUACCAGGAUAUGGUCUGGAAAAUCAUGUGCAACCCCAUCUUUCUCGGGCAGCAGAUCCCAGAGAGUAUGCUGCAGACACCGGGAAUGAAUUUGACGGCGUUUACAGAGGAGCAGCUUGCAUAUAUCAACGGGACCCUCGACUUUCUCUCCAUCGACCCGUAUAGUGCGCAAUUUGCCACGGCGCCCGAGGGUGGCAUCGAGGCUUGUGUGGCCAACGCGUCGCACCCGAAUUUUCCCUCUUGCGCACAACUGACCUAUGUUCGACCGGACGGUUGGCUCAUUGGCGGUCCUUCUCAGUCGUACCCUUACAAUGCGCCAGAGUACGUACGCCAACAAAUGAAGUACAUUUGGGACAACUUUCACCCCUCGGGCAUCCUCGUGGCCGAAUUUGGUCUGCCCCGGGUAAGGGAAAGCGAAAUGACUAUGGAUCAGCAGAGAUACGACAUUGAGCGCACCCUGUACUACAGAAACUUUGUCCAGGGCUUGAUUGACGUCCGCGAUUACGAUGGUGUCAACGUUAUUGGGGCGAUUGCGUGGAGUUUCGUUGACAAUAAUGAAUUCGGUUACAAGUCGACACAAUUUGGACUUCAAGGUGUAAACCGGACAACGUAUGAAAGAUUCUAUAAACGAAGUUUCUUUGACUUUGUAGACUUACUACAAAGUCUCACCAUGUAG